CAUAUAGUUUUGAAUAGCACUUUUUCUUCUUUCUCUAAUGGAUUCUCAGAUAAUGCAAGACUUCCUCAAGGGAAAGACUAUUCUAGUCACUGGGGCAACUGGAUUCUUAGCAAAAGUUUUUGUGGAAAAGAUAUUGAGGAUCCAACCAGAGAUACAAAAAAUGUAUCUACUCCUAAGAGCUUCCAACACGGAAUUGGCAGAAAAACGUUUGCAAAAUGAGGUUUUUGAAAGUGAUUUAUUUCGCGUACUACGAGACAAAUUGGGUGAAAAUUUCGGUUCUUUCAUAUCAAAGAAGGUUGUGACAAUAGCAGGUGAUGUUGCUAUUGAAAAUUUGGGAAUAAAAGAUGAAAAGAUUAAAAAUGAGAUAUUAGAAGAGAUAGACUUUUUUGUCCAUUCUGCUGCAUCUACCAAAUUUAAUGAAAGAUUUGACAUAUUGAUGGAUGUUAAUACCAAAGGUGCUUUACAUGCCUUGAACAUGGCAAAGAAUUGUAAAAGAAUAAAGGCUUUUGUGCACAUAUCGACCGCAUAUGUAUGCGGAGAUGCUAAGGAUGGACAUGGAAUUUUAAGAGAGAAACCAUUUGAGAUGGGUCAAUCCCUGAAAGAGGACUCUAAAUUAGACAUACACAAAGAAAUGGAUUUGAUAGAGAGAAAAUUAGCUGAACUCAAAGCAAUGAAAGUAGAUGAAAAUACAACAAAAUUUGCAAUGAAAGAUUAUGGAAUGGAAAGAGCAAAUUUUCACGGUUGGCCAAAUACAUAUACAUUCACAAAAGCAAUGGGAGAGAUGCUUUUAGUGCAUCAUAAAGAUAAUAUACCUUUGAUUAUUAUACGCCCCACAAUAGUAACUAGUACAAGAAAAGAUCCUUUCCCCGGUUGGAUUGAAGGUUUAAGAACUAUUGACAGUGCGAUAUAUAGCUAUGGUAAAGGGAAAUUGAAAUUCUUCAUUGGUAAUCCCAACACAAUUAUAGAUGCGAUACCUGCAGACAUGGUCAUCAAUUGUGUGAUUACAGCCAUUUUUAUUCAUUCACAUAAACCUCCUAAGAAUUUCAUCUACCAUGUUUCUUCAUCAUUAAGAAAUCCUCUCAAAUAUAUUGAUUUAAGCAAUAUUAGCCAUAAUUAUUUCAAAAAUAACCCUUGCAUAAAUCAAAAUGGAAAGCCAAUAAUCACUUCCAAGGUACUUGUGGUGAAUAGUUUUGCUGCUUUCAACAUUUUUAUGAUAAUCCGAUAUGUCUUGCUACUACAGGUCUUAUAUUUGGUGAACAAAAUUUGUCGACGGAGCUUCCAAGAUGUUUAUGAUAACACUAGUAGAAAAUUUAGAGUGCAUCAGCAAUUGGCAAAACUAUACCAACCAUAUGUAUUUUUUAAGUCCGUCUUUGAUGAUACCAACGUUGAAAUUUUGCGAAUGGCAACAAAAAGUCUUAAGAUAGAGAAUGAUGAACUGAACUUUGACCCUACUAGAAUUGACUGGACAGACUAUAUGAUGAAUACACAUAUUCCUGGCUUCCUCAAGUAUCACAAGAAAUAAUUUUCAAAUUAAAUAUUACCUCCAAAAUGGUUGGACAUGCCUCUUAUUAUUUUAGUCGGUGUUUUUGAAUAAAACUAGUGUGUAAGUACUCGUGCCCUGCAUGAAGAAGAUAUUAGGUUUUAAG